AUGGCAAAUCAAUCCAACAAGGAAGUCGCGGACCUGUUUAGCGAGUCCUACGCCAAAUCCCAGGAUGAGCAAGACCCGCUAUCAUCUUUCCGCGACCAAUUCAUCAUCCCAACAAUCUCAGACCUGCACUCCAAAACCCUCAAACCAUCUUCCCAAGACCAACCACAACAAUGCACUUAUCUCUGUGGCAACUCCUUAGGUCUGCAACCACGCCUAACUUCUCAAUACCAACAAAACUACCUCCAGACCUGGGCGACCAAAGGUGUCUAUGGCCACUUUACCGAGAUCGAGGAUUCGAAAUUGCCGCCUUGGUUGCAUGUUGAUGAUGAUGUGAUUAGUGAUGUCUGUGAUAUUGUGGGAGCAAAGAACAAUGAAGUUGCUGUUAUGCAGACUUUGACUGCGAAUUUGCAUUUGGCUAUGGCGAGUUUCUAUCGUCCUAGCGAGAAGAGGUGGAAGAUUAUGAUUGAAGGAAAAGCGUUCCCGAGUGAUCACUAUGCCGUGGAAUCACAACUUCUGCACCACAACAAGGAUCCUGCUUCUUCAAUGAUCCUUCUCGAGCCCGAAGACUCAAACAACCCUAUCCUCAGCACUCAACAAAUCCUCGCCACAAUCGACGAGCACGCGGACCAGACAGCACUUCUUCUACUACCAGGGAUCCAAUUCUACACUGGCCAAUUCUUUGACAUCCCUACCAUCACCGCUCACGCACAAAAGAAGGGCAUAGUCGUGGGUUGGGAUCUUGCUCACGCAGCAGGAAACAUGCCUCUGAAGCUUCACGACUGGAAAGUCGAUUUUGCAGCUUGGUGCAGUUACAAGUAUCUCAACUGCGGUCCAGGUAGUAUUGGUGGGCUUUUCGUCCACGAACGCCACUCUAAAGUCUCCGCUGCCUCGUCUUCUUUACGACCAGAGUACAAACCUAGACUAAGUGGCUGGUGGGGUAGCGACAAGAGCAGCCGCUUCGCCAUGGAAAACGUCUUUACGCCAAUCGCAGGAGCAGGUGGCUGGCAACUUAGUAACCCAUCGGUAGCGGACAUGACAGCACUCCGCGCAUCCUUGGACGUCUUCNAAAAGACUUCUCUUUCAGCUCUAAGAGAGAAGUCAAUCGCCUUGACCGGAUAUCUGGAGAAACUCCUUCUUGCCAGCACGGAUAUCAAAGACCACUUCUCCAUCAUUACACCUUCCGAUCCUGAGCAGAGAGGCGCACAGUUGUCACUCCGUCUCUCCCCUGGCCUUCUUGACAAUGUCAUGCACGUACUGGAGAAGAAGGGCGUGGUUGUGGAUGAGAGAAGGCCAGAUGUUAUCCGUGUAGCUCCCGCACCACUCUACAAUUCCUGGAGUGAUGUGCUGAAAUAUGUUCAAGUCUUCACGGAAGCCUGCAAACAGGCGUCGGAUAAGAAAAGCAAGGAGACAGAAGGAUCGGUCAUGGUUGAAGGCGGAAAGGAUGACAAAGGCUGGAGCGAGGUGAAGUAG